AUGAGUAUUCCCGACAAUGAUGUUUCAGAAACAAUGAGGUGGAUGGCUAGCGGCCCAAGGCAUGAAGUGCCAACCUUUAGUGGAUACCAUGUCAGUGGAGUUGAUUUCAACACCAAAUCCCGGGACAAUGUCAGAUCAGUUCAGAACAGUGGUGUUUUUUUACUUGCCGAUGCAAUGCAAGUUGCAAGUGCAAAGGAUCGAAAGCCCAGAACUGAUGAUAUGGACUUCUACGGUGUAAUUAAAACAAUAUGGGAGGUUGACUAUUACAAAUUUAGGGUACCAUUGUUUAAAUGCGAUUGGGUAGAGAGUUCUAGGGGCGUCAAAGUAGACGAUCUUGGGUUUACUUUGGUGAAACUGAAUAGGAUAGGCCAUUUAAAUGAUCCGUUUGUCUUAGCUACGCAUGUGAAACAAGUUUUUUAUAUUGAAGACCCCCUCGAUGCUGAAUGGUCAGUAGUGGUGAGGUGCCCGGAUAAAGACUACAAAGGGGCUAAUGAUGAAUGCGAAGACCCUGAAGUGGACCAACUAGCAUUUAUUCCGACAAUGCCAUCAGUUGAAACCUUUGAUGAUGUAGUUGGUCAUCAACCUAGCAUUCAUAUGCGAGAUGGUGAUGAAGGAAUAUGGAUCAUGGUGCCAUCUAAUAGAGCAGCAGCAGCUAAAGCGAUAGCUUUGAGGAUGAAAGCUGUGCAAAUGAAAAGAACUAGCUCUAAGGAUGCAGGGCCGUCAACCACACCUAAAGCUUUGUCUCCAAAGAAGAGGGUUGUGUCUGCUAAGAAGAAGGAGGUGUCCCCGAAGAAGAAGGUUGUCCAAACUAAGAAGAAGACUAGAUCCCCGAAGAAGAAGACAAAGGCUGUAUCAGAGAAAUCUGUAUCAAAGACCAAGUCUGGAAAUAGUUCUAAGUCUAAUAAGAUAGAGGUUGGUGAUGAUAUCGAAGAUCCUAAUGCAACUGGUGGUUUGAAGCUGCUAAGGCGAGGGAUGGUGACAAUGAAUCGCAUUACAAGGCGACUCAUCAGAGGGAGAAAGCUAACCAUACAGAUUAAUGAUAAGGGGGAACCUUAUGGUAAGGCUGCAAAAGAAAUGCAGUCUUACAUUGGGGUCUUAGCACGUACAAAGAUCUCGAUUGUCACUGGUGAUUGGAGAGAGGUGGACCCUGAGGAAAAACAGAAAAUCUGGGAAUCUAUUAUGGAUGCAUAUGUGAUCCCUAAAGAAUGUAAGAAGCUGGUGAUUACCUCUGCUGCAAAUAAAUGGAGGGAAUUUAAAAGCAAAUUGACCAACAAGUACAUUAUCCCUUAUAUGGAUACCCCUGAAUUGCUUGAAAAUCCACCGGAUGAUUAUCGAUGUGUUAAGAAGGCUGAUUGGGAUAUCUUUGUCGCUGACAGGAUUUCAGCAAAAUUCCAGGAACUGCGUGAUGCACAAAUAGAAAAAAGAAAGGAAAAUCGGUACCCUCAUCGUAUGGCACGUAAAGGAUAUGCUAACUUAGAAUUUGAUAUCCAAAGACUUAAUCUUUUUGAUUCAAUUCUAGAUUCAGGAUUUGUUUUUCUUGAUUCUGCUUGGCUGAUGGAGAAGGAGAGACGUGAGGAGCUCUCAGAUGAGUGA